CAGCAGCAGCCGAGCGCCCAAGCCACCUCCUACGGCGACAGAGCGAAGGCGUGGGAGAUCGACCGCAGCACCCUCAAGUUCGGGGUCAAGCUCGGGAGCGGAAACUUCGGGGAAGUGAUGCGAGCUCGAUGGAAUGGACAGACUGACGUCGCAGUCAAAACCAUUAAAUCGGACGCCUCAGAGAGACAGGAAUUCAUACGCGAGGUCGAGGCCAUGCAGUGUCUGAGGCACCCGAAGCUGGUGAAACUCUACGGGAUCUGCACGUCACCAGAUCAGCCUCUGCUCAUUGUUGCAGAGCUCGUUGCAGACGGCGCCCUUCUCAAUUAUCUCAGGAAAAACAAGGAGACCCGGCGGCACACCAAGGCGGAGCUGGUGGCCAUGGGGGCGCAGGUGGCGUCCGGCAUGGCCUACCUCGAGUCGGAGAACUUUGUCCAUCGCGAUCUGGCGGCGAGGAACGUCCUGGUGGCCGACGGAGGGAAGACCAUCAAGAUCGCCGAUUUUGGACUCGCGCGCCUCCUGCAGGACGACGUGUACAGCAGGAGCUCGGACUACAAGAUCCCCACGAAAUGGACAGCUCCCGAGGCAAUAACUCAGUUCCGCUACACCUGCAAAUCAGACGUCUGGUCAUUCGGAAUCCUGCUGUAUGAGGUCAUUACCCAUGGGAACGUACCCUACCCAGGGAUGAGCAACAAGGACACCCUCCAGCUCGUGCGAGAGGGCCACCGCAUGGAAAGAGACCCCGAGUGCCCGCCACCGCUCUACCGCGUCAUGACCCGCUGUUGGCACGAGCGACCUGAAGACAGACCUUCUUUCGCUGUCCUCAAGCCGGAGAUGGAGCGCCUCCCUCGCCUCCUCGUCUGACCUCUAAGGCUCUCUGGGAAGUCCUUGCGUGUGCGACUUUUUGUUGUUGUUGUUUUGCUAAGUAUGCUGUGAUUGAGUAUUGUGUCGUUAGGGAGGAUGUUUUUCAGGAACAACGUAAAUACAUAUAUAAAAUCAUAUGGAUAC